AUGGGCCGGCCCAUCUCCCCCCAAGACGUAGGAAGCAAUGGGUCGGCCCAAUCCCCCCAGAGACGUAGGAGCAAUGGGGCGGCCCAGUCCGCCCGAGACAUAGGUAGCAAUGGGUCAACCCAAACUCCCCCGAGACGUAGGAAGCAAUGGGUCGGCCCAAUCCCCCGAGACGUGAGGAAGCAAUGGGUCGGCCCAAUCCCCCGAGACGUAGGAAGCAAUGGGUCGGUCCAAUCCCCCGAGACGAGGAAGCAAUGGGUCAACCCAAUCCCCCCGAGACCACCGAACAACAAACUACCCAACAACAAACUACCCAACAACAAACUACCCAACAACAAAGCACCGAACAACAAACUACCCAACAACAAAGCACCGAACAACAAACUACCCAACAACAAAGCACCGAACAACAAACUACCCAACAAUAAACCACCUAACAACAAACUACCCAACAAUAAACCACCCAACAACAAACUACCCAACAAUAAACCACCUAACAACAAACUACCCAACAAUAAACCACCCAACAACAAACUACCCAACAACAAAGCACCGAACAACAAACUACCAAACAACAAACUACCCAACAACAAAGCACCGAACAACAAACUACCCAACAACAAACUACCCAACAACAAACUACCCAACAACAAACUACCCAACAACAAAGCACCGAACAACAAACUACCCAACAACAAAGCACCCAACAACAAACUACCCAACAAUAAACCACCUAACAACAAACUACCCAACAAUAAACCGCCCAACAACAAACUACCCAACAACAAAGCACCGAACAACAAACUACCCAACAACAAAGCACCGAACAACAAACUACCCAACAACAAACUACCCAACAACAAAGCACCGAACAACAAACUACCCAACAACAAACUACCCAACAACAAACUACCCAAAAACAAAGCACCGAACAACAAACUACCCAACAACAAAGCACCCAACAACAAACUACCCAACAACAAACUACCCAACAACAAAGCACCGAACAAACUACCCAACAACAAACUACCCAACAACAAAGCACCGAACAACAAACUACCCAACAACAAACCACCCAACAACAAACUACCCAACAAUAAACCACCUAACAACAAACUACCCAACAAUAAACCACCCAACAACAAACUACCCAACAACAAAGCACCGAACAACAAACUACCAAACAACAAACUACCCAACAACAAAGCACCGAACAACAAACUACCCAACAACAAACUACCCAACAACAAACUACCCAACAACAAAGCACCGAACAACAAACUACCCAACAACAAAGCACCGAACAACAAACUACCCAACAAUAAACCACCUAACAACAAACUACCCAGAUUAAUCUGUGGUGUUUUUGGAGACAGG